CCCUGAAACCUCUUCUGAGCUCCAAACCCUGAGGGCUGAGGACACAGGGUGGUUUCCUUACCUUUUCAGCAGGGGAUCACUUUCAGCUGACUCUGGUAGAGCCACUAUGACUGAAACAACAGGUUACUCAGGGGGUGGGUUUGUCCAUGUUAAAAACCCACACUUGGACUCGAUGGAGGAGGACAUCCUGUACCACUUGGACUUGGGAACGAAGACACACAACCUGCCAGCAAUGUUUGGGGACAUAAAGUUCGUCUGCGUGGGCGGCAGCCCCAACAGGAUGAGGGCGUUCGCGCAGUUCGUGCAGCGGGAGUUGGGCCUGGCGGGCGCCGGGGAGGAGCUGCCGGACAUCUGCGCGGGGUCGGACCGCUACGCCAUGUACCGGGCGGGGCCCGUGCUCUCCAUCAGCCAUGGGAUGGGCAUCCCUUCCAUUUCCAUCAUGCUCCAUGAGCUGAUCAAACUGCUGCACCAUGCAAAAUGCCGGGACGUCACUAUUAUCCGCAUCGGUACUUCUGGAGGCUUAGUUUGGCAGCAGGUCACAGGUGUUAGGAGCUCUGGCUCAGCCUCAGUUUCCCUGUGCCCAGGGAUCGAGGCCGGCUCUGUUGUGAUCACGGACACGGCCGUGGACUCCUCGUUCCAGCCGCGCUUCGAGCAGGUGGUGCUGGGGGACGUGGUGGUGCGGAGCACCGAGCUGGACAAGGACCUGGCAGAGGAACUGCUCGCCUGCAGCAGGGAGAUUGCAGACUUUCCCACACUCAUCGGCCAUACCAUGUGCACCUAUGACUUCUACGAAGGUCAGGGGAGAUUAGACGGUGCACUGUGCUCCUUUUCCAGUGAAAAAAAGUUGGAGUACUUGAGGAGAGCUUAUGACGCCGGUGUAAGGAACAUUGAAAUGGAGUCCACAGCAUUCGCUGCCCUGUGUGGGCUGUGUGGUCUCAAAGCCGCCGUUGUCUGCGUGGCGCUCCUGGACCGGCUGGAGGGGGACCAGAUCCGGGCAUCCCACGAGGUGCUGUGGGAGUACCAGCAGCGGCCCCAGCGCCUGAUUGCCGCCUUCAUCCGCCAGCGGCUGGGGCUGGGCCCCGCGGGCCCCACGCACCGAUCCCAGCACUGACCCCAGCACUGACCCCGGCAUGGGCACAGCGGGGUCACACCAUGCACUGACCACGGCACGGACACGGCCUGCCACAGCACGGCCCCUGCUCUGGGAAAUGGCAAAGAGACUCGGCCAUGCUGCACUCCCACAGCAGAGAGCCCUCUACAGCUGAGUGCCCUACGGACACUGCUGUGCAGGAGCUGCAGGCCUCCGGCUCAACUGCAAUGGCUCCAACACACGUGCAUGUCCAAGGACAGCUCCAACCUCCAACAUGGCUGGAAUGACACAUGUGCACACCCAAGGACAGCUCCAACCUCCAACAUGGCUGGAAUGACACAUGUGCACACCCAAGGACUGCUCCAACCUCCAACAUGGCUGGAAUGACACACGUACACACCCAAGGACUGCUCCAACCUCCAACACAGCUAGAAUGGCUCUGACACACAUGCACACCCGAGGACAGCAGCUCUAGCCAAAAUUUGCACAGAAAAUAAGGCUGUGUUACUGAGCUGCAGGUUGUGUUACUGAGCUGCAGGUUGUGUUACUGAGCUGCAGGUUCCUUGCUCCCGGCUCCACUCAUCGUAAAGGACUGUCCUGUUAAGGUCACUCCUGUCCACGGUGAUCCUGUAGGAAGGAGAUCCCUUUGCUUUGGGCAUAAAGCCAAAGCCUAAGUAAAUGACAUCCCAAAAUAAUCAGUACUUGUAACCAUUAUUGUUACUGCUGUUACAGAGGCUGUUCAGACUUUCAUUCCUACAGUAUUUAAAGAUGUGACAAACUGGCAGGUGCCAGAGUUUAAGCACGAGAGGCCGUCUCUGGCUGAGCAGGAGCAGCUUGACCCUUGUCAUAGGGUGGGCAGGCUUGGGCACAGAGACCCUUGUGAGGUAGUGGGAUGAGGAGCACAUAGUGCUGACAUAACCUUGACCUGAUUUCACAUAACUGCAUCUUUUACAUCCAGCAAAUCAUCUGCAAGUGUCUCCACAAGCUGGAAGAGACUGAACUGCACCUGGGUGGAAUGGAGGGGUUGUUUGCAGAGCGUCCCCUAUAGCCUGAAGAAUUCCCACAAAAUCACUUUCAGUUCUUAAGGUUCACUAACAAGCUUGCUUCCAAAUUAAUUUGGAACAGUAACUUACAGGGAACUUGCAGGAUAACUUACAGAAAGUGUUCAAGGCCAGGCUGGAUGGGGCUUGGACCAGCCCGGCCUCGUGGAAGGGUGGGUGGAACUGAAUGGGCUUUAAGGUCCCUUUCAACCCAAACCAUUUUGGGAUUCUCUGAUGAUUCUAUGAUAUCGUGAAAACUGGUGCCAUGAAAAAGCAAAUUCCACUUUAUACAAGAAAAGGAGACUGGUUCCUGGUUUCCAUUCCAAGAUGGCAGUUUUUAGCCUCUAAUAUUAAUAUGACAGAGAAGAAAUCCCAGGACAGGAAUCAGUGUCUUCCCAGAAUAGACACACAUUCCUCCAGUCACUUACCAUGCAAUCCAACCUACUCUUCCAACUCAGUUCUGCCAAGUUCAAAGUCCACUUCAGAAACUCCCAUACUAACAGCAAUGUACCUUCAAGCUCUUUGUGAAAGUAAUUUAAAACCUCUCAAGGAAAAAGAAUACUGGACUUGAAUCUCAAAAGAUUUUGCACCACUGAAAUUAUCUUUUAGAUCUGCUUUUAAAGGCAAG